CUCCGCCUCAGAUCGGAAAAUUUUGAGAAAAACGCGGAUAUAGUGUGAAGCAACGGCAAGAGGACCAACGAACGUUUCUCUCUCUCUUCCCCGUGUUCGUACUUCACUUGCCGUGCCCUCGAUCCUCUUCGUUGGCGACGAUGGUGAGCAGCGCGCUAACUCGUGAACAGUAUGUCUACCUGGCGAAGCUUGCCGAGCAGGCGGAGCGGUAUGACGAGAUGGCCCGAUUCAUGGAGGAUAUGGUAAAGCUCACACCUGCUUUUGGAGAGUUCACGGUGGAGGAGCGCAACCUCUUCUCCGUGGCCUACAAGAACCUCGUCGGCGCGCGCCGCGCUGCUUGGCGGAUCGUUUCCUCUAUUGAGCAGAAGGAGGAGAACCGCCGCAACGAUGACCAUGCGGCUCUCGUCAAGGACUACCGCGCGCGUAUUGAAACCGAGCUCUCCGGUGUUUGCGGUGGGAUCCUCUCUCUGCUAGACUCCCACCUUAUCCCUUCCGCUGCCUCCAGCGAGUCCAAGGUCUUCUACCUCAAAAUGAAGGGGGAUUACCACCGUUAUCUCGCUGAGUUCAAAACCGGGGACGAGCGCAAGGCUGCUGCAGACAGCACUAUGGCUGCUUACAAGGAGGCACAGGAUAUCGCUCUUUCACAACUUGCACCAACUCAUCCAAUAAGGCUAGGUCUGGCUCUGAAUUUCUCUGUGUACUACUAUGAGAUCCUUAAUUCAUCAGAGAAAGCUUGUGGCAUGGCUAAGCAGGCAUUCGAGGAGGCAAUUGCAGAACUGGAUAGCCUGGGCGAGGAGUCUUACAAAGACAGCACACUUAUCAUGCAAUUAUUGCGUGAUAAUCUCACUCUCUGGACUUCCGAUGCUCAGGAUCAGAUAGACGAAGCUUAGGUUGAGGUAGCGAUAAUGGAGCUGUUGUAAGGGGAGGUGGACCGUAAUGUCAUUUGCCUGUAAGCACAUAAGCUACCAAACCUAUGAUUUAUGUGAUAAAUGGUCUCUUAACUAUAUUUACGUGUUGUUCUUUGUCUCUGCUUAGGUAUUUAGGUUAUUUAUCAUUAUUAUAGGAGGAUAAAUUGUUGACUCCAGAAAAAUACAGUUGUGAUCGAAGCUGCAAUACCAGUAGUGAUUAUUUCAUAUAUAUUUAC